AUGGCCAUCUGUCAUGUGUACCUGCUUGUGUCUCAUCUAGCUCGGGGACGCCUCUCCAUGCCACAGUGUCAGUGUGAGCCACAGCCCCACCCUGGGGUUCCGAGGGACCAGGAGUGGGCCAGAGACGGCAGAGGACCAUCCAGCCAGCAGGGAGGGCAGUGUGAAGACUGUGAGAUGUGUCUGCGGUGUAGGAAAGUCCAAUACAGUCCUCAUAACACCAGGUAGGACUGUGCAGAGGCAGGAUUUGUGUAUAAUGAAUUAUUCCUAAUGCUUGGAAAGAAGUGUAUAGCACUGGGCAGAAAGGAUGUAUUUCUGUUGACGGGCCCUGUCUGAAAUGUUAUCGUUAGCCUUGGGUCUGCAGAAACCACACAUACUUAGUAUGAACUUUGUAUGUAAUGUAUGUAAUGUAUUGUGCAUGAAUGUGUUUUCAUAAUAUUAUUAUUUUUUUUGUCAUUUAGCAGACGCUCUUAUCCAGAGCGACUUACAGGAGCAAUUAGGGUUAAGUGCCUUGCUCAAGGGCACAUCGACAGAUUUUUCACCUAGUCGGUUCGGGGAUUAGAACCAGCGACCUUUCGGUUACUGGCACUAUGCUCUUAACCACUAAGCUACCUGCCGCCCAUGUAUGAGUUGAGUCUUAAUAUGAGCAUGAGUCCACGAAGAGCAUGUUUAUUUGUGCAGUGUGUGUGUGUGUGUGUGUGUGUGUGUGUGUUAUGCCUGUCCAUGUGUGUAUGUCUUGUGUACGCUGAUGCGAGGACUGAUGUUUCUGGGUUAAUUAUUACACAAGGUAAGCCAGUCAAGCGGCAGGAGAGAGAUGCAACCCUGCAUUUCCCCAGGCAUUAAUUUUCAGCUUCCAUACAGAACAACCCAUUUUUCUUUUUCUGUGAUGCCAGUAGAAGUCAAACACAACUCUGAUAGUUUGAAGGAUGCAUUUGUGUGAUGGUAAAAUAAUUUUAAAUUGCUUGUGGUUGUUUAUUUUGCUUAACAAGCGGUUUGAGAUUCUGUCCGUUAUGAAAAGCGCUAUAAACGUUCAAUAAAUUAUUAUAAUUAUUAUAAUAGAUAUUUACUCCACAAAAUCCUUAACUGUGGUGUGUUUUCUUUAACAAAUGUGUUGUGAUGUGCCAUUCUAGAUGUAUUUAUAUCAUGUGACUUCUGUUAAUUUAGCCCCUGACUUUCUGGACCUGUGUCUGUGGCUCUGUUUUGUCAAUUCCAUUUUCCUGUUUGCUUACGGUUUACAAUUUUAGUAAAUUGCUACUUGUGUGCCGUGUUGUUUUUGUCACUGCCGAGGAGAGUGGAACUCAUUGAACCAGGGAGAAUUCUAUGGAGAGCGGGGGAAAUUAGUGCUAACCCACAGCUUAUCUCCCAGGCUUUAAUUAGCACAUGAACCAUGAAGGGACCCCCACUGACUCUCACAGCACUUAAUAGACAGGCUGGAUUUAGCAUUUUAAUUUCUGGUGUUGACGUUGAACUGACAGAAAGUAGACGUUGCUCUGAAUCAUAGAUAACGCAGAGGGAAACAUGCCCUGCAAGAAUGUUACUUGUCAUUACCAUGUUGGAUUGUGCGUUUGAGGGUUCCCUCGUUCAGACUGCUGGGCUCAGAAGUGGCCUCUGGCAGGGCAUUGAUUGACUCUGGAGGCUGAGGUCAGGUCAGGGAUCACUGAUGGACUCUAGGGCAUAUUUGGCAGAAUCUCAAUUGCAUACUCCUCGCGUCCUCUCUCCUCGCCUCCUUCUCAAAACCCAUUGGAGGAGAAGUUCACCUCUGGCUUUCUCAUCCAAUGGGUUUUGAGAAGGAGGCGAGGAGAGAGGAGCGAGGAUGCGAGGUUUAUGCAAUUGAGAUUCUCGCACUGUGCUGAUAGGCCUUGAUGGAGAGUAUGGUCUGGUGCGGUGUUAUGAGGAAGUCAGUACAGUACAUUUGAAACACAUCCAUUAAUUUUUAACCAUCCACACAUAAAGAUCUCCCACUUUCAAACUUUUCACAUAUUUUGGAAUGAUUUGUGAGAAAAAUGCUGUAUUUACUCAACAUUUAACAAUGUAUAUACGAUUAGUGAUUGUCUGUGUUUCAAAAUGUAUUUCCUAUCCACACAGUGUAGGACUGGAGACUCUCUCAGACAUUAAUGAGAGGCUACAGCGUUCGUUACAGGACAUCAUUGAUUGGCUAUCUGUGAAGGAUGAGGAGCUAUCUGACAGUUUGCCUUUACAUGGAGAUAUAACAAGCUACAAGCAUCAGAGUGAGGUACAUCAGGUAGGCCAAAACAAUCUAGAAGAUAUACAUUUUAUUUGUUUGACUUUUAUUGUGUAUUUAUUGCAGGAUAUGUACACAACAGACGUGCCAUAUAUAAAUCAAAUACGAGCAUAAUAAUGGCCUUGUACAGUUAUUUUACAUUAAGCCAUUGUUUAUGGGGUGGUUGGCAAGAAUGGUUUAGAUGAUCUUUAAAUGCCCAUGCAAAAUCAUCUCUACAGUCUUUGACGUCUGUCAGUUGUACUGAAUCGCAAACUCCCAAUGCAUGCAAUGUAUGAAAUGUAGUCCAAGUGAAAUUAUAAAUAGAGAGAGAGUACUUCAACCCACAUUAUGAUGUAGUCUGAAAGUAUUGUCAUUGGAAAUCAACACAGAUUCAGUCUGGAGCCUGAGCUUGUGAAUAUUUCUUCUCUUGUUUGCUCCUGGCUAUAUUUGCCAGUCCACAGAGGUCUGUUAUCUAAUUCAGUUACAAGGGAGAAAAAAACAAGAUAUUCAGUGUCUUAUGUAUAGGGUAGUACAUUUUACAUUUACAUUUUAGUCAUUUAGCAGACGCUCUUAUCCAGAGCGACUUACAGUUAGUGAGUGCAUACAUUUUCAUACUGGCCCCCCGUGGGAAACGAACCCACAACCCUGGCGUUGCAAGCGCAAUGCUCUACCAACUGAACUACAGGGAACUAGCCCCCUGGGGAAACUAGCCCCUCCCCACAAGAUGCCACCAAAUUAUUUUCCCAACACUUUCCCUGGCUGUCACUGUUCUUGCUGAACGAAAAAUGUCCUCUGUGUCAUCACAACUUUUGGAGAUAUUUCAACAAAACGAUUUAGUGGUAAGUUGAUUUUAAAAAAUGAAAUGUAUUCCAAUGAAGUUAGAUCUAUAUAUAUUUUUUAAAUAUACAAGUAGGAAAGCCUUAAAAUAAUUAAUCCACUUGUUUAGAGAGAAAAAUUGGGCUACUAGGCUACUAGGGGGUAACUGGCCCCUGGGGGCGAUUUACCCCUUUAUGGUUAUGAAUGUGUUUCUACCUGUCAUUUAGACAAUGACUAGCCCAGUUAGUGCUAGUUUAUGCUAACUUGCUAGCUAGCAACUUCACUAGCAGUAAAUGCUAGCCAGCUAGCUAGUUAGCAUAAGCUGCUAGGAGUGCUAGCUAGCAAUCUUACUACCAGAUCGUUUGAGGUAAAAUACAUAAAAAAAUAUAACGUAACUUCAUUUCAGUUGUAAAUGUUUCCACUAGUGACUGAUAGCUUUACAGUUAAUGCAACUUUAUAGCAUUUUAGCAAUUUUACACAGCAUUUUAUGUCAUAUAGCUAGAUAGCUAUCUAUGUUUUUAAGAGAGAGCUUUUCAAUUGGCAUCUCUCCCCCUGUUUUCAGUCACAGGUGGGGAUUAGGUGUGAGCAGUGCAGGAGGUGGGCUCAUGAGUUGUGCUCCAAUUUUACUGGGGAUAGCUUUAUUUGUGACCUACAGGUACAAAUUAGAAUCGUGCAAUAGCAGAGCAUAAGAGAGUUGCCACAUCAAUGUUACACUGAGUUAAUUAGUUAAGUUAUUGUUAUUAAAUGUUAUUUUCCAAUGUUAUUUUAUGUUAUUAUUUAUAUUCCAUUCCAAUAUUAUAUUCCAAUGAUUAAAAAAAAAAAGAUUUAAAAACAACUAUAAUGCAAAACCUUUUGCUCCUGAAUGUCAUUUUAAAGACUGCUGGGAUUUAAAAUCUUGCAUUAUUCAAAUCAUAUUUAGUGCAAAUGUACAUCAUGGAUUGUAUGGAAAAGGGACAACAAAGAAAGAACAAAGGAAAAUUAAUGUGCAGGUGAGUUAAAAAGAGGGACUUUACAUCAAACCAGCAGUUACCCUGGUACUUUAUAAAAAUGCCCCUUUUCUAAAAACAAAAUUUCAUGAAUUAACUAAAAAAAGUGUAAACUGUAGCCAUUUAUUUCUUAUAGUUUAUUCGCCUAAGCAUGACCUUCAUCCACAUACCAAUUUUUUUCUCAAAACGUUGCAUUUUUGUGUCCGCAAUUAGAUAUUGUUCUUAGGGGGGGGGCUUGUUACACCCUAGUAUCCUGCUCCAGUUUUCUGGUUUUAUUAACGUUAAGUCUUGUUAUGCUGCUAUGUGCAGCACUUAACCCAGAGCAGAUAGAAUGAUGAUGGAACGGAUGUCUGUUCUGUUGAUCUCAUCCGUAGGUUUUUGUUGAGGAGUUGAAGUCUCGGGGACCUUUUAUUUACUCUGUGUUGGAGUCUGCUCAGGCCUUUCUGUCACAAUGUGCCACUGUGGAUCCAGAUGACAACAAAGGUGGGGAAGUCAACAAGAUAUGGCAAACCCAAUUAUCAGAUCGACAAGUUACGAAGUUAGUUAUGUGUUCCUGGUUAGGAAGAAAAUGCUUAUCUCAUAAUUAGCUGAAUCCUGAUUUGUCAUUGUCUCUCCAGUGAGAUCUGCCCUUUCUGUUUCUCUGCAUCUCCUGUCUGUAGACAUGAGUACUCGGCAGCAGAGUGGCGGUCGCUGGGUGUGGAGGCAGGCUGCAGUGGCCGGAAACCUGUGGGAGAGUGUGAUGUCACGCAGCGUUCAGCGCCACAAACACAUGCAGUGUACUCUGGAGCGCCUCACAGAGCUACAGGGGGCCGUGGAGGAGCUGUGCCUGGACAUGGAGCAGGCUGAGGGGGUGCAGGAGGCCUGGGGGCCCAUAGGAGACCUCCUCGUUGACUCACUGCAGGACCACAUCGAUGCCACCAAGGUAUGCAGGAAUCAACAACACACAACCAUUUUUGUUUUCCACUACUAAGGUCAAUUUUUCUUUUCCAUUAUAUAAUGACUACUGAGCCGAACAUGGAAAGUGAGCUGAUAUGCUCCAAAUGCUUGGGCAUAGAAUAACAAAAUUAGCAACUAUGCUCUACACAUUAUAUAGUUUGAUCUAUUCUAGAUUGCUUUAGCAGCAGAUACAGCACAUUUGGUCAAAGACCCUAUGUAGGCUACAUACCAGGAUAUUGUGUUAUGAUUGGCAAAUGGUUGCCAUGUUAGUGACUGGUAUGGCCUCUAUGUUGUAGUUGUUCCAGGAGGAGCUGACUCAGGGUCAGGCGGGCAUGAAGCAUGUCAACCAGCUAGUCCACCAGCUGACCAUCUCCAGUGUCCCCCUGUCAGAGGACAACACCCAGGGUCUGGAGCAACUCAACACCAGGUGGAAACUGCUGGAGGUACAAAAAAAGGGAGUGGCUAAAAUCCAAUAUGAGAUUUUACAAUGCUGAUCUUCCCCUGGAAGCAUGUUCUCCAGCAGUCUAAUUUUCCCAUCACUUUUCUAAAGCCUCUUGAUGUCAGAUCCCAUGUAGUAUGUUACUCUGUCCCUGGGAAUGUGCUGCAGCAUGCUUAGAGAUGUGUGUGCUGUAGUGUGUGUGUGUUUCCCUGUUGCAGGAGUCCACUGAGAAGAGGCUGAGGCAUCUGCAGGAUGCCCACAGAGACUUUGGGCCCAGGUCCCAGCAUUUCCUCUCUGGUAAGGUGUUUCUCUCUCUCUCUGCUGGAGAACCCCCUCAGAACGCUGAUUAUAUUUGCCAUGCUGUGUGCCCUUGCUCUUCUGGUUACAUUUGCCAUGUUACAUUAUUGUGCUUGCUUGAUUUACAUUGUUUUAUUUUAGGUUCAGUGCAGAUUCCAUGGGAACGUGCCAUAUCGCCCAACAAAGUGCCAUACUACAUUAAGUAAGCAUAAAUAAAAACACAAAAAAUUUCUAAACCAGUGUGAAAAAAUACAAGUCUACCAGCAUGUCACAACAACUUCCCUCUUUUCGUGACCCGUGUUCCAGUUUGUUUACUGUGACCACCAUAUUUACUGUGACCCCUGUCCCUCUACGUCUCUCUACAUUUUACUCUCUCUCGCUACAGCCAUCAAACCCAGACCACUUGUUGGGAUCAUCCACAGAUGAAAGAGCUCUACCAGGCACUUGGUAAGACUGCAGAAAAAUAUCUGCAUACACCUGAUUGCAAGGAUGCUUCCUAUUAUGGUGUUGAUCUAAACAUGCCCUUAUUUACCAUCUUUCCCCAGCUGAUCUGAACAAUAUCAGGUUCUCUGCCUACAGAACAGCCAUGAAGCUUCGACGUGUACAACAGGCCUUGAGAUGUGAGUGUGUUACUGUGUCCGGUGGCCUGUAAUAGUAAUAGCCCCACUCAGUCACCGCAGCAGUAGUGUUACAGCUAGCACCCUUCUCCCUUUCCCCUCUACCCUCAGUGGACAAGCUGAGCCUUGGCUGUGUGGCAGCGGUGUUCCAGGGCCUGGGCUCGGGGUACAAUGACCCCGUGGCGGACGCUGUGGAGGUUAUGGAUGUCCUGGAGGUCAUCCAUGCUCUGACCAGCCUGUACGAGCAGCUGCAGGAGAAACAUGGCAUCUUGCUCGACAUCCCCCUCUGUGUGGACAUGUGUCUCAACUGGCUGCUCAAUGUAUAUGACAGGUCUGCCUAACCGUAACAUAAUCUUAUUUUUCUACAGUUUAUUCCCCUUUUUGUCUAUCCUUUAGCCCUUCCAUUCCCAAUCUCUAUCUAUUCCAUAACAAAUCCCUCUCUCACUCUGUCCCUUAAAUAUUUUCCCUCCCUCCCUCUCCAUCUCUCUCUGCAUCUUCCUCUCAUCCUCUCUUCCUCUAAGAGACAUCCUAGGUCAGCCCCACAUCAGGGGUUGCUCUCUCUAUCUUUUAGAUCAUUUAGCUACAGUACAUCACUCUUAGCAGGGCUCCAUGGAUUAGCCAUUCAGUUUAGUGAACAAUAUUCCCCAGGGCAACAUCACCAACCAAGUAUCAAAUGAAUAUCCAUUGUUGCGUGACAACACUCAGUUUGUGUGUGUGUGUUUUAUACUGCGGCCUUUACGCUCUUGGGAUAGCGUGCUAUAGUCCCUGGGAGAUUGUGUGUGUGUGUGUGUGUGUGUGUGUGUGUGUGGCUAUAGAUGCUUUCCUAUGCACUUCAGCUGAGCGGCUAAAGGCCAAUACAGUGAGUAUAGCGCUCUGGGGCAAACACCUGGAUAUCUUAUGAAUGUGCGUGGAUGUGCAUUUGUGUGUGAGAAGGAGAGAGAUAGUGAAGGUGCAUUACUGAAUUAUCUCAUGCUUAGAUGGCAGUUGACUCCGUUGAGUAAAAAUGUAUACUGCUGUGAAAAAACAUCCACCUCACCCCAUACUGCGUGGUAAUCAAACAUUGAGAUUUCCUAUUUUUCUCUCUCUGCACCCUCUAGUGGCCGUAAUGGGCAGGUGAGAAUCCUAUCUUUCAAGACAGGACUGGUGUGCCUAUGCAAUGCUGACAUUCAGGAGAAGUGCAAAUGUAAGAUGUGCUUUGUUACUGUAUAUGAUGCAUUUUCAAUCAACCGUAACUUCCCUGUAGCUCAGUUGGUAGAGCAUGGCGCUUGCAACGCCAGGGUUGUGGGUUUGUUUCCCACGGGGGGCCAGUAUGAAAAAUGUAUGCACUCACUAACUGUAAGUCGCUCUGGAUAAGAGUGUCUGCUAAAAUGACGUAAAUGUAAAUAAUCACCACAAGCAAGUUUAAGAGUACAGAGAAGUGUAGGUUGUCUCCUAUAUGUCCUGUCUGAGGAGAGGGUAUGUUAGAUCUGUUCUGGCAGGUGUCUGAGCCUGGUGGAUGUGCUGAUCAGCAACACCUCAGUGCCCUGCUCCAGGAGAUAAUCCAGAUCCCAAGGCAGCUAGGAGAGGUGGCCGCUUUCGGAGGGAGCAAUGUAGAGCCAAGCGUGGCCAGCUGCUUUCGCAUGGUGAGCUAGGAUUUACAUUGGUCAAACUAGCUGCUAUUGUUAAGUAUAGCCCAAGGUUUUCCCCAUCUAAUUCCCUGUUAUUGUGCAAGAUUACAAUAAGUAAAAUCCAAUCUGUGUUAAAAACUGAUACUUGUCAUUAAAUUAUAUCCAAUCUUGAUAUGUGAUGUUGUUGAUUAUCAAAGUGGAUUUUGAACAUUCUUUAUGCAUCUGUAAGGUGCAAUCUAUUCCAAAUAAUGUGAGCAGCAGAGUAAUGUCACAGAGGAUUUGAGGUUGUUUAUAAGUCUUUGAGAGUAGCUCUGAGACCAUGGUGGAGACAUGCAGAUGCCUGAUUAAACACUGUGAGCCCUAUUCAACUAACCAUCUAUGAUGACAGUUAUGAUAACUCAAACCAUAUAAUGUUAAAAGCUAAUGUCAAACAUUAAUGAUAAAUACUGAGACAUCAAUGCCUUGUUUCUGAUAGGCUCUUUUAGAUCAGCCAGUCAUAUGCUUCUGUUUCAUCUUGACAUGUCUGAGUGAGAUUAGUAAACAUUAAACUAUUUCAAAGGGGUCAUGGCAUUUUAAUAGGCUGUGUUAACUUAUCUGAAAGGGCUAAUUACCACAGGCUCUGUCACUCUGACCUUUUGCUAUCUGUCAGCUUGUUUGUGUGGGCUUUACGGAGGUACUUAUGUGUACAUUGGGGUAUUUGUGUACGUUGUGUGUAUUUGUAUGUGCACAUGCAUGUCUGUUUGUGUAGUAAAUAUGUGAUUUGUCCUCUGGUAUGUCUCCAUGAUAGAAGCAGUCCUUCACUCCAGUGGCAUCGGGAUGCUACUAUAGUAGACAGGCUUUAUCAGGCUCCACAGCUGUAUUAGAGCACACCACUGGAACCCAAAAGGGAAUGACAAUUUAAUUAUGCAAUUUCUCUCAUCUAGGCCCUCAAGAAAUGUAACAUGGAGUGCCUUUCAAACCAUUUUAAUGAGAAUUUAGUCCAGUAAUGAACAUUAGUGACUCAUGAGGCUUUUCUUUAACAUUUCUUAUCAUCAAUGUCAGGAAUUAUUUCUGGCAAUAAAUGACUGUAAAGCGCCAGUAAUUUGCUACAGCUCUACUUAUUCAGUCUCUGAAGGGGACCAGCUGCCCUCAAGCUGCCAGAGAGCACGGCCCCUGCCUCGGGAUCUCUGGUGGUCUCAUGGUCCUCUUCUCCUCCCCACUGUGUGGCUGCAGGCUCCUGGGAAGACCUCCAUCCAGCUGUCCCACUUCCUGGAGUGGAUGAGCCUGGAGCCCCAGUCCGUGGUGUGGCUGCCCGUGCUGCAGCGAGUGGUCCAGGCAGAGAAUGCGCAACACCAGGCCAAGUGCUCCAUCUGCAAACAGUGUCCCAUCAAAGGCUUCAGGUGAGCCACAGGGCCUCGACAGGGGAACUCCAUUUCAACCAUAAAGAGAAUGUCAAUAAUGUUUAGGCUUUUAACUCAUUUUCCCCCAGAUACAGAAGCCUCAAGCAGUUCAAUGUGGACAUUUGUCAGAGCUGCUUCCUGUCCGGGCGUAGUACCAAGGCCAAGGCUUUAAUUUACCCCAUCAUGGAGUACUACACCCCAGUAAGACUAAUUAUAUUAUGCCAUACUACACCCAAGCAUGGCUACAAGAAUAUUCCCAUGGAAUUGAAAUGUAAAAUUUUUUCUGAUCUCUGAACAGACCACCUCAGGGGAGAGGAUGCGUGAUUUUGCCAAAACACUGAAGAACAAGUUCAGAUCAAAGCAGUACUUCAGCAAGCAUCCCAAGAGGGGCUACCUGCCUGUACAGUCUGUCUUGAGGGCAGGGAGUGAGGAGACGUGAGUCCAUAUAAUUAGUUCUAAAGCCUGGGAGGUCUUAUGUAAUGGCACAUCCAGAGACUGUCAGCACAGAUUGACUCCUGACUUUGAUUGACAUCUCUGUGCUUCCUUUAGGCCCAGCUCGUCCCCAAGGCUUCCCCACUCAGACACACACUUCAGGAUUGAGCACUAUGCCUGCAGGUAUGAGUCAAGAAAUCCUAAUAUAGCAUCAGCCACCUGCUGCUGCCCAUUAGCUGGGUAGACUUCACCCCGGGGGUGUUGGGUCAGGCUGAGUCAGAAAAGUGGGCCUGAAGCCUACCAGCGCUAGGGCCAGGAGGAGAGCACGUUGAAGGUCAGCAGGGUCGACAGAACCUUAUAACCCAGUUUCUCAGGCAAUGACUCCUGCAGCCUAUAUUUGGAACAGCUGGGCUGAGAUCAGCAGCCUGCGCAUAGUGAACACUACGUGCAUACAAAGGCUAUCCCCGGCACCGCUGUGUUUACUUCAACAAAGAAAGUAUUAUGUCAGCCACACAUUUGUCAGUUUCUUUACUUCAAUGUCAGGGAAGAAAUCUCUAAAAACUUCUCUAGUAACUUCUUAAUUUUAAUCUGUACAUUAUCCAUGCAUGCAGUCUUUAUCUGUCGCUACAUUCUGCCCUCAGCAGCACUGCCCACGAUGUGCCUUUUCUCUGAAAUAAUCUUCUCCACACAGAUGAACAUGAUGCCACUAAUGAGCAUGGUGGAGUGGCGUGACUCCCUUAUUUCGGCUUAAUCAUAUUAAAACAUUUAGUCUGGCAUGUCCUCAUUCUCUGCCAGAUCAUGUUUAUAAAAAUUUAAGCAACAAGUGAAGAAAGCACAUAAAUGUAAUUCUGCCAAGGAAAGUGUCUACAGAAAAGCACAGAAGCCUGAUUUAGGAGCAACAGUAGGAGCAACAGUUAAAGUGUUCCCCCUUGUAAUGUUUAGACUGCUGCAUUUGUACUUCUUGGAAUUCCCUCCCAUGAUACAUAUUCCCUUUACCUCACAGUGAACUAUGUUUUUACUGUCUGCUUCUGUUCAAGACUCGCUGAGAUGGAUGACCAGAACUGCUCCUUCUUCAAUGAGAGCCUGUGAGUUUAUCAUAUAAAGCUCUUACUUAAUGAUACGAAAAGAUGAGACUGUGUCCUUAGAGAACAUUACAUUAUCUUUACUCAGGUUUUCUCACAUGUCCGCAUAGUUCAUUCUGUCCUUCCCUCUGUUAAUGGCCAGGGAUGAGGAUCAGUACCUUGACCGCCUGGAGCAGGACUCCCUGGCCUCCUGUCAUCAUUACCUGGGUUAUACAGGCUGUGAGACCCAGGAUGAGCUGCAGAGGACACUGGCCAUGCUGGAGAAUGAGAACAGGUGAGAGGUCACUAACGCUCAUGUCAUUAUCAUUUCAUGAGUGGUGAGAUCAGUCCAAUCACGUCCAAAUCAAAAUACUUCUGCCAUCAGGGUAUCAAAUCAUAUCCAAUCAUAAUUUGUUUACCUCUGAUCUGCCAUAAGAGCAUAGAUGAAGACAUAAAAACACAAAUGAGUGCCUGGGGUCACAAAGGUAUAAUUUCCCCCAGGGUGCUCCAGGGGGAGUACCGACGUCUGAAGUGGCAGCAUGCUGAGGCCCAGGCAUGUCCACACCUGAGAGAGGGCUCUGUGGACCAGGAGGACUACCAGGACCAGGCCUUGCUGGCUGAGGCCAAAGACCUGAGGCACCAUAAGGGCAGGCUGGAAACCCGUAUGCAGAUCCUGGAGGACCACAACAAGGAGCUAGAGUCCCAGCUCCACCGGCUCAGGGAGAUUCUACAACAGGUGAGUCCCAGCCAGAGAUUAGCAGACAGGAGGAUGCCUCGAAUGCACAGUCCUGUCCACAUGAAAGUGCAUCGUUUUAUUUCCUCAUGAUAUUAGAAAAUGUUUUGUGAGUCCAACAGAACAGAGAGGAUUCAGAGGACAAUGUAUCGACUGGAACACCAUCAUCUGUGUACUCUCCUGUGUCACGAAGAGACCAGCUGGGGAGACAGCUAAGCUCAGGAGCCUCCAACACAGAACCCCCAGGUAACAUACUACGCUAGUUUGAUAUGAGGAUUAACUAUCAAAGACAUGUUGCCAUUAGGGGCUUGUCUAGAAGGGAGCCAUCAUGCCUUUGUUUUCCCUCUGUGUAACCAGGGCCGGCCUUGGAGCCAGAGCAGGGUGAUACAGCCUAUCACCUUCAACAGGUCAUAGAGCAACUGAAGAACGUCUUCCCCUUAGAGACCAGAGAGAAC